AGAAGUUCAAGUGCGGCCGUGCUGGUGGUACGGAAUUUUUCGCUCCUGCUUCGGUAAAAUUUUUCAUCCGUAUUUCACGUACUAACCCUUCUCCGAGUCCACAGAACCAGGAAUUAUCCGUCAAUCUAGUUUUUCAGUGAACUCAGUCGUUUAGGAAAAAUAGAAAAGCUGGAGAGGCUAGAGCAAUUAACAAAACUAUCAAAAAUGGACCGCAAGGCGGAGCUGGAACGGAAGAAGGCCAAAUUGCAGGCGCUUCGCGAGGAAAAAGAUCGUCGCCGGAAGGAAAAGGAAAUGAAGGACCUCGAGGAGGCAGCUGGCAAAUUGGGUGGCCACCCAGCCGAGAGCAACACACGAAAGGACCUAGAUGAAAUGCUAUCAUCGUUGGGUGUUGCACCAGUUUCCGAGGUGCUUUCAUCCCUAUCGUCCGUAAACUCGGCUACAUCGGACCAUUCAGCCAACCAUACGCCAGAUGCAAGCUUACAGCCGAACUUAAACGGUCAAAAUACUCGCAAAAAAGCAGCAGUUAGCCUGAGCUUGGUUUCUGUACAAGCUACCAACAUUCCCCCGAAAGAAACUGUAGUUUACUCGAAACAAACUCAAACGACCAGUACCGGCGGUCACGAACGGGAUGUUUUUUCUUGCCAUUCCUCACCUCUGUCAGGAUAUAUGGAGGAUUGGUGGAGACCGCGUAAAGCACACGCAACUGAUUAUUACGAUGAAUACAAUCUAAAUCCCGGUUUAGAGUGGGAGGAUGAGUUUACAGUGCUUACUUAUGGCGAUGGUCAAGGUGACGAUGACGAAAAUUCGCUUACACACAUCGAUCAUGGCUUUCACUCGAAGCUACCGCCCGGAAUUCUUCCUCAUGGACUCCCAACGGUUAAAGAGGUCGCUCCAGCAAUUACUCCCCAGGAGCAGAAGAAAGAAGAAGUGAAAGAAGUUAAAGAACUUUCUGCAGAACAAAAACAAAUGAUUAUAUUAUCAGAAGAUUUUCAACGAUUCAUACUUAAAACCGGUAAAAUCAUGGAACGAGCUCUGUCUGAGCAAGUGGAUAUCUACAUGGACUACAUCGGUGGAGGAGAUACUGAUGACAUAAAUGAUGAACGGUCUCUAGCACGUUUGUCGUUAAACAGAACGUUCUACUGUGACCGAUGGUCCAAGAAUCGUUGCGUCACUUCAUUCGAUUGGUCCACCCAUUUUCCGGAACUAAUGGUCGCUUCAUACUGUAAUAAUGAAGAAUCUCCCAACGAACCAGAUGGUGUCGUUGUAGUAUGGAAUACGAAAUACAAGAAACACACGCCCGAGGAGGUUUUCCAUUGUCAAAGUGCGGUAAUGUCCGCUUGCUUUGCAAAAUUCCACCCAAAUCUGAUACUGGGGGGAACAUAUUCCGGUCAGAUAGUGCUGUGGGACAAUCGUGUGCAAAAACGUACGCCUAUUCAGCGAACUCCGCUUAGCACAAACGCACAUACGCAACCCGUCUACUGUUUAUCAAUGGUUGGCACACAAAAUGCUCACAAUGUCAUCUCUAUCAGCUCCGAUGGUAAGCUUUGCUCUUGGAGUUUGGAUAUGUUAUCACAGCCGCAGGAUUUACUUGAACUGCAGCAACGACAAUCGAAGCCGAUUUCUGUGACAUGCAUGGCCUUCCCUCACAAUGAAGUAAACAACUUUGUGCUUGGCAGUGAGGAUGGAUAUGUAUAUUCAGCAUGUCGGCAUGGUAAUCGAACCGGCAUUGGUGAGACUUAUGAAAAGCAUCUUGGCCCCGUUACUGGCAUCUCCGCACACCACAAUCAAUCUUCUCCCGAUUUUGGUCAUUUGUUCCUUACUUCGUCCAUUGAUUGGACCAUUAAACUAUGGAGUCUUAAAGACAACAAACCACUGUAUUCUUUCGAAGAUAACUCGGAUUAUGUGAUGGAUGUAGCGUGGUCUCCGAUUCAUCCAGCGUUAUUUGCUGGAGUCGACGGUAAUGGUCGACUGGAUUUAUGGAAUUUGAAUCAAGAUACGGAAGUUCCCACGGCAUCUGUCGUAGUUGAGGGUCAGCCAGCUCUUAACCGAGUGUCGUGGACACCUUCAGGACUACACGUGACUGUUGGUGAUGAAGCUGGUCGCAUUUAUGUGUACGAUGUGGCGGAUAAUCUUGCCAGUCCAAGAAUGGACGAAUGGAACAAGCUCAACUCAGUCUUAUACGAGCUCAAGAUGAACCAGAAUGAUGAGUUUGAUGAUAUUGAUAAAAAAUCGCCUAUUCCACAGACGCCGUCACUGACGUCUCUGACUUCAUCUCCGCUUAUAUGAAAUUCAAUAAGGCCCUAUUGAACUGGCAAUAGGGAUUAAAAACGAAUGGUUGAGAAUGUGUGCAUGGGCAUGUUGAUUAAAUUGUUCUUAGCGAAUGUCAGUAACUCAAGGAGGAUAAAGUCUAGAUUUUCAAAAAAAAAAAGUAACGAUGUUGGGUUAUUUAACAAGAAAAAAAUUCCUUUGUGUUACUAACAUCAAAUUUGAAAAAUAAACGUACUGGUGUAAUAUGAGGUUUAAUUGACUAAACUUUGUAAUAUACAUUAAUUAUCAAAACUAAUAGAAUUAUACGAUAAAAUUCAGCUUAUACCUACCUAUAUUUAUUCCAAUAUGUUGGCUUAAAAUAAAUCCCUUAUCAAUAA